AUGAUUGAGGGUUGGUGUGAGGGUGACAAGCCGCUAGAGCUGAAGAAAGAGCGGAGGCUACAUCAACUCCCAAAAGGGGCUACUGCACAGAGAUGGGGUAACUACAUCACGGGCGCUGCAGGACCGUACUUUGUCGCCCUCGCCGUCAUUCUCAUAGCCAUCGGUGUGGUCUGCUUCUUUAAUGUUACCGCUGCCGGACUUUCGUACCCCAUCAUCACGAUACCAAUAUGCGUCCUGAUUACCGUUAACCUCCUUAUGCACUAUUACUACGUCGUCACCGUCAAGCCCGGCUUUCUGGAAGAUCCUCCUCGCGAGCCUGGAACCGGAUUUCUGUGGGCGAAGAAGGGGAGCAACAAGGGGAAGCAGAAGGUUCUCACAGGUGGAGUGAGAUGGACUUCGAGGGGCGUGAAGAUUACACCUGCAACAACGACAAAAUGUUGGAAGUGUAACAAACUACGGCCGGAGCUUACGCGUUUCAUUGAGAGAACGCACCACUGCAAGAUAUGCAACCGCUUUUUCUCAUCUUCCCCUCAGUGGAUUAACCAAUGUGUGGGAUUGCACAACGAACGCCAUUUCGUCUUAUUCAUGGCUUACCUCGUCGUCGCCACAUUCUUCUUUUGCCUCGCUGGAUACGACAAGUUCUUCGAAUCUCUCGGUAUCUCUAACGAUCCAUGGGAGCACGCGGUCCCAGAGAUCAUGUUUGCGAUGAUCUACAUCCUAUGCAUAGUUCUCUGCUUUGCUGUUGGCGUCAUGCUUUCAUACCAUAUCUAUGGCAUAAUGUGGGGUGAAACGUCUGUUGAAGCUCAAGAUCACGAAGAGUACCGAAAGAAGGCGAAGGCGAGGAACGAGGACUUCGUCAACUCUUACGAUCUAGGGAAACGGAAAAACCUUCAAUUUUUCUUCAACAUCGGAGAGGGUAGCUACUCAAUAACAACCCUCUUCUUGCCGCUCCGGUUAAUGCCAUACACCGACGGCUUCUCGUGGGCAAGACGCGAAGGACACGACCGACAUCAAGGUCUACGGCAGGGCGAAGAGCUAACGGAUGAGGAUGAUGAGGUGUAG